AUGGAAUUCAAAGAGGAGGACAUUGCAGAUGUCUGGAAUGAACCCCCACGCUACGCCAUAAUAACAGGAGCGAACACAGGGAUAGGGUAUGAGAUGUCGCGGAUCCUUGCAGCAAAAGGUUGGCAUGUGAUACUUGCCUGCAGAAACAGGCAGAGAGGGAUUUCUGCUGUGAAUGAUAUCAUCUCAGACGUUGGGAGUCACGCUAGGAUUGAAUUCAUGGAGCUGGACUUGUCAAGCCUAGACUCAGUUUGCAAUUUUGUGAGAAGAUAUUCCAUGAAACUGAGGCCGCUCAAUCUUCUCAUCAACAAUGCUGGCAUCAUGCUGGCCCCUCAUGCACUGACGGUGGACGGGAUCGAACAGACAUUUCAAGUGAACUUCGUUGGCCCAUACCUUCUUACUUCACUGUUGCUUCCGAAAAUACGUGGCUCCGCUUCAGCAGAUUUUCCAUCAAGAGUUGUCAAUGUUGGUUCUGUAGCACACAGAUGGGCGCCCAAGCAGGGGGUCAUCUUGAACAUGACGACAAUCAAUGAUCCAUCCAACUAUCAAAGAUGGGGAUGGUACGGUCAUAGCAAGUUGGCUCUCAUGCUGUACACAAGAAAAUUAUGCCGCGAUCUCAUGUAUGAGAAUGUUUACGUUAAUUGCGUUCAUCCAGGAGUGAUCAGAUCUGACUUGUUUCGGCAUGAAGGUAGUCCAUGUCUGACAUUCGAGAGUCUCAGAGACUCACGCGUUGCAGGCGAAUACUUUCCUCCUUUCUUCGGGGCUGCAGGGAAGCUGAUCAAUUUUUUUGCAAUCCCUUUCUACCGUUCCAAAGCAAGCGGAGCCCUCACCCCGCUCUUUGCUGCAACAUCGCCGUUGGUCACGCAAGUAUGA